AUGAAUUAACAGCGUAGACUUUCUCCAGCAUAAUAAAGUCCUAUUCAACGUAACACAAUAAUAUCAUGUAUAAUUGAUUAUUAAAUUAGAACAUUCAAAUAGAUUUCAAUUUCUAUAAGUAACUCCAACUACUCAUCCUGUUCAAUAUGUUUCAUUGUAAAAUUGUAAGAGUUUAGAAUUAUAAAUUAUAAAGACAAUGAAGUAAGAUAAGUUUCGAAAGAAAGAGAAACCAAUUAGAUACCACCUUACUAAUAAGUUUGUCCAAAAGGAUUUUAGAGUCUUAGAAUAAUGAGUCAGCCAGAUGGUAAUACAAGUAAAUCUCCAGUGACUCCAAUUAUGUAAUCCUAACCUAAUAUCAGACCUAAUCAAAACUCUAAUUCAUUAUAAUUAUAUAUAGAUAAUGCUUUGAGAAAUUAAAGAGAUGAAAUGUUAAAGCUUUUUGAAUAAUAAAGUAAAUAAAUCGAUUAUAUGCAUUAAUAAUAAUAACUAAUCAUUUAAUAAUAAUAGAUAUAAUAGGAAAAGAAAAAAGAAUAAAAAGAAUAAAAAGAAUAAAAAGAAUCUCCUAAUUUUUAAUCAUAAAUCAAUUAAGUUAAAGAACAAUUACAUUUUUCAAUUACUUAAACUUGUAGAGAAAUGAUACAUAAAUUAUAAAAAUAAGAACAAACUGACUUUAAGGCUUUAUAAGUAUAAAUAGAAAAAUUGAAAUCUUAACUCUUUUAAAUUAAUCUAUCAACUAGCAAAUAAUCUGAUAAAAUGUAAUAAUCUUAUAAAGGAAAAGAAAAUGAACCAGAAGAAUACUAAUAUAAAAAACAUGUUAAUUAAAGAAAUUCUUUAGAUAAUUAUGAUUAAUAUAUCAGAAAAUAUGAGUAAUUCAAUAAGUAGGUAAAUGAUUAUUUGAUUAACCGAAAAAUUCCUGAUCAUCUUAGUUCUAUUCUUAAUUCCAGUAAAGAUUCUAAUAGUGAUAUUCAUGAAAUCGAAUACAUAUCAUCAGAUCAUCCACUCACAGAUAUAACAAAUGUCUAAAAUAUUAAAUAAAUCAAAUCUUAAUAAUAACAAUAAUAACCCUUACAAUAAAUUGCUUAACCAUCUAUUACUUAAUAAUUUAAUACUCAAAAGACUACCAUUUAAACAACUAAUCAAUAUGAAGAUUCCCCUAUUAAAGCAUUAAAUGAACAAAUGAUGAUUGAUAGUUUGGAUAAUAUUAAUGUUCAUGAUCCAAAUAAUCUAUAAAUUACUAAAGAAGAAUUCGAUCAAUUGAAAUGUAUUUAUUUCAAUUAAUUUUAGCUUAAAGAAUGUCCACAAUUCAUGAAAAUGAUGAUGAAGAUGAAGAACUAAUGUAUCAAGUUGAUGAAAAUGGAUUUAUUCUUAGUUAAGAUGGACAUCCUUUAAUUGAUGAAACAGGAAAACGGAUAUAGCUAACAAAAUAGGAGAUGUAAUUCUAUAAAAACAAAAUUAAUAGUUGA